AUGUAUGGUUGUACUCAGGUUGCUUGGAUUAAAGCAGAUACUAAAGCUAUAUUAGCUAUUCACGAACAUGUUAUCACGAACAAUGAUAGGUUGUCCGUUACGCACAAUGAUUUUAACACAUGGACUCUAAAUUUUAAGGCUGUCCGGAGAGAAGAUAGAGGCACUUACAUGUGUCAAGUCAAUACGGAUCCAAUGAAAAGCCAAAGUGCUUUUCUAGAAGUAGUUAUACCACCAGACAUCGUUUAUGAAGACACUUCCGGAGAUAUGAUGAUCCCUGAAGGUGGUUCAGCUAAAUUGAUUUGCAAAGCUCGAGGAUAUCCUGAACCAAAGAUAUUAUGGAAAAGAGAAGACGGAGGAGAUAUAAUCGUUAGAACUGGAACUACAGAGAAAACCAAAAUGACAUCGGUUGAAGGUGAAUCAUUACUUUUAUCAAAAGUGACAAGAUCAGAAAUGGGUGCAUACCUUUGCAUUGCGGCCAAUGGUGUACCACCAUCGGUUAGCAAAAGACUAAUGCUUCACGUUCAUUUUCAUCCAUUGGUUCAAGUUCCAAAUCAACUAGUGGGAGCACCUCAAAAAACAGACAUCACUCUUCAAUGUUAUGUCGAAGCAUCACCAAAAUCAAUCAAUUAUUGGACAAGAGAAUCAGGAGAAAUGAUAAUAUCAAAUGAUAAGUACAAUAUGACAGAACUUACAGUUUCCUAUUACAGUGCUCAGAUGAAACUGACAAUUAGAAAACUUAAAAAGUCAGAUUUAGGAGGAUACAAAUGCAUAUCGAAAAAUUCAAUUGGAGAAGCUGAAGGAAAUAUUCGAGUAUAUGAAAUGGAUUUAUCUAAGCCCAGAACACCUAGUGAAGACGUUGACGAUAAUGCUAUAAAUACGUUUGAUUCUGAAGAAGAUGAUUAUGAAAAUAGAAACACAGUACGCAAUUCUUCUAACAAUUCACCGGCACUCAAAGAUCAAUCGCACCGUUUACCUAGAUCAUCUUCAAACAUAAUACGAUGUAUUGACUAUGUUAUGUUAAUACCUAUAUUAAUGCUGAUGAAAUACUGAACUUUUAUAUUGUAUUCAUGUUUAAGUAAACAAAUUUUUGGAGGUUGGCCUAUUCUAAAGAGCCUAUGUAGGCUCUCUAGUCUAUUUCAUUUAGACUAUAAUACGCAUAAUUCAUUCUAUAUUAUAUUAUGUGUAUUGUGUAUACGUUUUUCAUUUGCAUUCUUCCUACUUAUAUAGUAUCCGACCAAAACAAUACAAUACUACCGAUAUACAUACGACUUAUACGAAAAAUAAUCCUAUUAAAAAAAUGUGUACUUGUGGGUACUAAUUUAAAAAAUAUUGCAAUUUGUAUAUAUG